UAAGGAACACAAUGGGACGCCACUCUUCUGAUUCAGAGGUGGAAACCAGGACACGCAAAAAGAAGAAACAUCGAAAGCGUUCAUCCUCCAGUAGCUCAUCAGAAAGCAGAACUCGUAGUCAUAAAAAGUCUGGACGUAGAUCAAGGUCUCGCUCUCGAGAUGCAUACUCAAGUUCACACUCCUAUGACAAAAGACGCAGACAUCGUUCUAGUAGUGAAUCAUCAUACAGCUCAAGGAGAAAGCGCAGUCACAGCAGGUCAAGAGAUAGAGGGAAGUCACGAAAAGUCCACAGAUCAAGGACAUCAAGAUCUCGAUCAAGACACCGUCAAAGAUCUCGCAGCCGUAGUAGUGAUCGAUCCAGUCUGAGAAGAUCCCGAAGCAAAUCCUAUGACCGAGAUAGAGGAAAAGGCAGAUCGAAGGUGAAAUCAAGAGGGAAUGAGAGACUAAAACAAAAGGAGUCUGUUUCCAAACCUGGGGACUCGGUUAACAUCAAAGCUGGAUUAGAACAUCUGUCUCCUGCUGAACAGGCCAAAGCAACGCUGCAGAUGGUUCUCCAAGCUGCUGCAAAAGCUGAUGAAGUUUUAAGAGCAAAGGAGAAGAGUGAAGAAGAUGCCCGAAAGCGUAAAGAAGAAGACCAGAGCAUACUUAUAGAACAAGCAAAGCGUGUGAAGGAAAUUGAAGCUAUUGAAAGUGACUCCUUUAUAGCUCAGAACUUUCGGUCAAGUCGAGACAGUAAAGCUUCUUCAGAAAACACAGAGAACAAGCAUGAUUCUGCUAUAUUAGGGACAGGGACGCUGGAUCUUUUUGCAGAAGAGAAAGAAACAGAUGUUGGUACUGUCCCAACUGGUAUCAAGUACUUGGAUGAUAACUCAGUCGCACACCCAAAUCUGUACAUUGAGAAGGGUGAAGCUGAGGAAAGAUGGUUUAAAAGAUUAACUUCUCUGCGACAAGAGAGACUGAUGGGCAACUCAUUAGCGUGAACAACAGCAUUACUGAGUCACCUUCU